AUGUCCACCACAAAUAGUCACCCCGGACUAUCCUACAACGUCGGUAACAUCAGGCGAGCCUUUCCGCCACCGCAUCCACACAACCCACCCAACAAGCCAUCGCCAUCGCUCCCGCAGCACGCGUCCCCGUAUCAGUCUCAAGCUUACCAGCCUCAGCCGGCGCCGUCGAGCCAGUACUCUGUCUACCCAUACACUCCUCCCGCCGUCAACAGUCAACAAACGGUCCAAAAUGCCGCACGACAGCCCUCGCAGGUGCCGCCCACGCUGCCCGGACCACGCCAGCGAGGCCCUCCUUCGAGACAGAUGCAACCCGCCCCGAGCUACCUACAGCAGGCCAUGAAUCACCAGCCCAUGGCCCAGCAGCCGAUGACUUCCCAGAGCAUAAACAACCAGCCCAUGAACCCACAGCAGCUCAGCCAGCAGUCGCUGAGCCAUCAAUCUCUGAGCCAGCCCAGCCUGUCCCAGCAACCCUUGAGCCAGCAGACUCUCGGUCAACCAUCGUUGAGCUCACAGUCUCUUACUCCCCAGUCUAUCAGUCAACAGAUUCAGCAGCAGCAGCAACAGCAGCAGCAGCAGCCCUUGAGCCAACCUCCCCUGAGCCAGCCUCCAAUGGCACAAUCCAUGACCCAGUCUCUCAGCCACCAGUCUCUGGCCCAGCCGGUGCAGAGUGUGCAGUCGGUGCAGCCCACCCAGCAAAACGGCAACCCGAUCAUAUCGCACUCUCAGCAGUCUACUCCCCAGCCUCCGCCCCACCCGGCCCUUCCCACCUCCCUGCCGCAGAUUGCCCAGGUGCAGGUGCCACAGGUGCAAAAAGUCCAGCAGGUUCAGCCUGUCCAACAACAACCAACGCCUCCGCAGCCCGAGUCUGCCGAGCCGGUACAAGGAAAUCAGGAUGAAGAAAUGGAGAUGGGAAGCCAGGAAGAAGGAGAGGGUGACACGUCAAUGGAGCCCAAGCUGAUCGAGGGCACCCCGUUCGUGCCGCGUCAACCAAUGGGGCCAAUGAUGUCUGCCCCUCCCGAAGGUGGUAGUUUCCCGACUCUGGAGGCUGUCCACAAGCAUGUUUUAACCUACUGCACGUCUGUUGGCUAUGCCAUUGUCAUCGGACGGUCCAAGAAGACGGUUCCCGGCCUCAAAAAGGUUCUUUUUGUCUGUGAUCGUGCCGGCAAACCCCCAAAACGCGUGAGUCCUGAACUUCGAAAGCGCAAGACCACAUCCCGGAAAUGUGAUUGCCAGUUCGGAUUCUUUGCCAUCGAGCAGAGAACCCAGUGGACGGUGCGUUACCGCCCAGAUCCCGCUCACCUGCAGCAUAACCAUGGUCCGAGUGAGAGCCCACUGCUGCACCCGGCAGCUAGGAAGCUGGAUAGCAAGAUGGUUGAAGAUAUCAAAAAUCUGAAAGAGAGCGGGGUAGGUGUCACGCAAACGCUGGAGAUCCUUCAGCAGCACAACCCCCAUGUCCCUCUUCUUCCUCGCGAUAUAUACAAUGCCAGGGCCGCCAUCAACCGACAUCCUGAAAAGGUCGCAACCGGAUUAGCCGAGAACAGGCCGACCAUCUACAGCAAACCUCAUCCGUCGGCAGAGGAAAGAAUCAGGGCCGAUCUCCGCCGCGAAUUGGCCAAGACGAAAGAAGAUUACGAGAAGAUGGCUGAAGAAAACAGGAAGGAGAUCGAAGAAUUAAAGAACAAGUUGCGGGAAAAGGACAAGAUCAUUGAGAAGUUUGAGCAGUUCAUUGAUAUCUGCAACCAGCGUGUCAUGGUCAGCCUUUCGAGCAAGGAUGAUGCUAGUCGUGCAGCUGGUGCGGCAACUUCCUGA